GCCUCCAACAACAAAUUCUACAGAGGAGAAAAGACAACUCUCAGAGAAAACUUGUGCCUGCUUUUUUCUGCAAAGCAACUGAGAAAAAUCAAAAGGGAGACAUACACUCCCGGACUUUCAGAGCUGAUCAUGCUGUUCAAGGGAUUUGGCCUUGGGUUCUUCGUAGUCCUGGCUGUGGUCUUGAUCCUGGGCAUCUUUGCUACCAAUUAUCCAACCUUCCUCAGGCAGCACUACAAUAACCCCAAAAGCAAUGUGCGCAAAAGCUACUGUAAUGCCAUGAUGCAAAGCCGAGAGAUGACUAACCCCAACUGCAAGCCAUUGAACUCUUUCAUCCAUGAUACAAAGAACAGAAUCACUGCUGUGUGUGGAAGCGAAGGGACACCUUUUGGAAACAGAUUGCAGCGUAGCCUGCGGCCGUUCCGGGUCACCACCUGCAAAAUGAGAGGAUCUUCUAUUCUCCCUCCAUGUGAAUACAGGGAAAACACUUCGCCCAGAUAUAUUGUCAUUGCUUGUGAGAAUGGGUUGCCUGUGCACUAUGAGGAAGGCCAGAUUUAACAGUGUUUGAAUAUGGUCUGAGUGGAUCAGGUAGAGUCAUCCUCAGGGUCUUUUUCUUCCGACCCCGUGGCUCAUUUCCUGCAGGCUUUUUUUGGUGAUUGGUGCACCAUUACAACCCAUUGAAACCUACCUAAACAUUUGCCCUGCUUUCAUUUUGCCUCUUUACCCUCUAGCCAAGCACAAAUAGCCUGAAUAGCCUAAAUGUUACACAAGCCGGCAAUAAUUCUUCUACCGCAUGAUUUUAAAUAAAUGAAUAAA